AUGUGUGUAAUGGAGAAUUAUCUAACUAUUUUGCUACUGUCUGGAUUAGUUUUGUUGAGUGCAUUCUAUGGAUACAAUGUUGAACAAAGAAUUGUUCAAAUAAAAAAGGAGUUCAUUAACGCAGAAAUCCAUCACAAGAAUGAAAUGAAGAAAGUCAAUAAAGAAAUGAAAUCGAUUAGUAACCAAGUUAAAGGACAUCUUAACGAAAUGAUUGAGAAAGAAAGUGCAUACAGGAAGGAAAUAGAUCAAACGAACGAAAUUGUUUCGAAGUUACACAACGAAACUAUAAAGCUACUCACAGAAACUAACAACAGUUACGUAAACACAUUAAAGGACAGUAAAAAAGAAUGCAACAAACACAAUGGCAUAUCGUUCUCUGCGAGACUUGGAACCUCUAUUAAAGAUAUUAAACCUUGGCAUACGGUGAUAUUUGAUAAAGUGAUUUCUAACGAUGGUAACUCUUAUAACGCCGACACUGGUGUUUUUACGGCCCCAAUAGCAGGAACAUACUAUUUCACAUCUACAAUAUUUACAAGAAGGGGAUCAACAUUAGAAUUGGCACUUAAAGUAAAUGAACAGACUGCAAUGUUUAUGUAUACAUGUGCUUCGUCUAUAAUAGGUAAUACUGCAACAAACAGCAUUAUUGUAAAACUAAAAAAGGAAAAUAAAGUAAAACUCGUCAAGCAUGAUAUAUGGGGAGUGCAUCCUUUCUUCAUUCAUCACGAUGGGAGCACAUUCUCUGGUUUCUUACUAUAG